CCUCAGCAGGAGGUAGGGGAGGGAAGAGGAGGGCCAUGUGCCAGAGAGCCCCUUUCCUCCCAGCCUCCAGCCAGAUGAUGUGUGUUUCUGUGGAGUGGGACUGUUAGUGAAGGAGCUCUCCGCCUGCCUGUGAACAGAACAGUAGUCAGCAGUAAUUAGCAGGUGCUGUGAGAAGCCUCUCUGUUCCUACUGGACAUCAGGAGCUGCCAGACCUCUCCAGAACCUCUCCAGCAGCCAGAGAAGAGCUCUUGAGGGUCAACGGAGCGAGGCCAGAGAGGGGCGGGUAAACCAUGGACCUGUGUGCCUCCACUCUCGAGCUGCUGGGGAUGGUAGUGUACAUGGCAGCCUGGCUGUGUGCUCUGGCCACCACCCUGAUGCCACAGUGGCUGACCCUGUCCACAGACCUCUUGCUCACAGAGAGCUAUGAGCUGGGUCUCUGGGAGACCUGCGUGGUCCAGGACAUGGGGGGGAUGGAGUGUCGACCCUACGACAGCCUGCUGGGCCUUCCUCAGGACAUCAAGGUGGCCCGUGUCUUCAUGUGUAUCUCCCUGGCUGUGGGCCUGCUGGGCCUGCUGCUGGCUAUCCCUGGUCUUCACCUGAUCAACAGCUUCAGCCAGGGGCUGGAGGGCUGCAGGGCCAAGAGGAUUAUGAAGGUGGCAGGAGGGGUGCUGGGGAUGGUAGCUGGGGUGCUUUCUCUGGUCCCUGUUUCCUACGUCGCCCACUUGACGGUAAUGCGUUAUUUUGAUGAGUCGGUGCCGGAGGUGGUGCCGCGCUGGGAGUUUGGUGAUGCCCUGUUCUGCGGCUGGGUGGGGGGAUUCCUCCUGCUGGUGGCUGGAUUACUCCUGUUUGCAUCCUGUCUGGGGCCUCUGGCAGACCAUUCCAGGGGACCCCAGGCAGACUAUUACGGAGCACCCCAGGCUGACCAUUCCAGGGGACCACAGGCAGACAGAGCACCCCAGGCACAAUCGCCGAAGAGAUACGAGGUCCGGAGUACAGAUCAUUCCUCCAGGAAACCUCCAGAGUAUGUCUGAGGCGAGGGGAGGGGAGAAGAGAGGAGAGGCGAUACGAGGUCCAGAGUAUGGAUCAUUCCUCCAGGAAACCUUGAGAGUAUGUCUGAGGGGAGGGGAUGGGAGGUUUACUGGAGGAAUGAUCCGUACUCCGAACCUCGUAUCUCUUCUCCUCUCUCUGAGGUGGGGGGAGGUGGAAGGAAGGAGAGGGGAGGGGAGGGGAGAGUUAUUCUAUUCUGGAAGGUUUAUGGAUGGUUCUGCCUCUCUUGAAAAUAGUUAAACAUCCUAAGAACCAGUCCUGGCACUCUGGCUGACUGCUUUUUGACAGGCUGUUUGUAAAGCAACUACAUGCUCCUAUGUCAAACCCAUAGGGAAUACCUGGAGCAACUUUCACAAUACAUUUUUUUCAUGUCAGAUUCAGAGGAAAUUGUUUGGAUGUAAACCUGCUACAUCCUCAACCCAUCCUCCCCGACUCUAUAAAACCUGCUCCAGCCUCACCCCAUCCUCCCUGACAUUAUAAAACCUGCUCCAGCCUCACCCCAUCCUCCCUGACUCUAUAAAACCUGCUCUAGCCUUACCCCAUCCUCCCCGAUGCUAUAAAACCUACUACAGCCUCACUCCAUCCUCCCUGACUCUUUAAAACCUGCUCCAGCCUCACCCCAUCCUCCCUGACUCUUUAAAACCUGCUCCAGCCUCACUCCAUCCUCCCUGACUCUUUAAAACCUGCUCCAGCCUCACCCCAUCCUUGCUGACUCUAUAAAACCUGCUCCAGCCUCACUCCAUCCUCCCUGACUCUUUAAAACCUGCUCCAGCCUCACUCCAUCCUCCCUGACUCUUUAAAACCUGCUCCAGCCUCACUCCAUCCUCGCUGACUCUAUAAAACCUGCUCCAGUCUCACCCCAUCCUCCCAGACUCUUUAAAACCUGCUCCAGCCUCACCUCAUCCUCCUUGACGCUAUAAAGCCUGUAUGCAACUCUUUUUGACAAUUUUUUAAUUUGUCAAUGUCAAUUUAAUGUAGAAAUUAAACACUUGAUAUACAGUAAUUGCUAGAACAAAUAGUUUAUUGUUAUAUAUAUAAGUAUAUGUUCACUGAAUUUAAGAUGUUUUUGUAAAUAAUAGUUGACAAUUAUAUCAAUCAUAAAUCAAUAAUCUACUGUAAUGAAUUGAUCUGAAUAAAAUUGGUUUCCAUCGAA